CGUUGCCCGAAUGAAAGAGAAAGCACUGAGUUGGGCGCAGUGAAAACACUGCCCUGCCCUGUCUGCCAUGCCUUUUAGUGACCCUGGAAACGGCCUGAGAUCUCUUAUAAAUCACAAAGGAAAAUAAAUACCUUCAUCCAUGGAGGGGAAAAGACAGCUCGAGAAAAGGGACUUUGGAAAAAGGUUGUCUCUAGACAGCAGUCUUGUGGAAUACAUGGAUUCAAAUAAAUAUAUUGAACAUUUGCUGACACAACUGGAGGAACAACAUCGGAAUCUCUGGAGGGAGAAGUUGGCUGUGGCUCGCCUGCAGCGGGAAGUUGCCCGAAGUAGAAGGGAAGGAACAAUGCAUGAGAAGCUGAUACAUGAAUUGGAGGAAGAGAGACACUUAAGACUUCAAAGUGAGAAACGGUUACGGGAGGUGACAUUGGAGUCUGAGCGAAGCAGAGUUCAAAUGCGUGGCCUGCAGCAACAGUUUUCAAGGAUGGAAGAAACAGUACGAAACCUAUUGCAAAAUCAAGGACCUCUAGAGGGGAAGAAAGAAGAGACAGUUAAUAUUAUGGUCUAUCAGGAAAAACUGUCAGAGGAAGAAAGGAAGCACAAAGAAACUUUGGAAGAUCUACACAUGGUUGUAGAUGAAGAUUCAAGGAGUGAAAGUAGCAGCACAGAUGAAGGGAAAGAAAAAACCAAAUUGCUGUUAGAAAGAUUAAAAGCUCUAGAGGCAGAGAAUUCAGCACUAGCUUUGGAAAAUGAAAAUCAGAGGGAGCAGUAUGAAAGAUGUCUCGAUGAGGUGGCCAACCAGGUUGUUCAAGCUCUUCUCACUCAAAAGGACCUGAGGGAGGAGUGUGUAAAGUUGAAAACAAGAGUAUUUGAUUUGGAACAACAGAAUCGAACAUUAAGCGUGCUAUUUCAACAGCGAGUCAAACCAGCUUCCGAUCUACUCCUUCAGAAACUUCACUCUCGCAUCUUGGACCUUUCAUCAGGGGAUUUGCUUUCAGAGGUAGAAAGAAACCAAAGUUCAAUGCAAUCACGAACAGAUGUUGACAUUCAUGAAUGCCAGCUAAAUGCAAAAUCUGGAGUCCCUGUCCCAAAGGGCCCUGCCUUGAACAUGACUAGCUCUGGACGGCUUUGUCCCCGGAACAGCUGCAGCAGUAGUGAACUCUCUUUGUCCAGCACAUGUAGUGAAUACUCCAGUGGCUCCUCCUAUACUUGGAAUGAUGGGAAGACUCUCAGUAAAAGGUCAUCAAUCAACUGGGACAAAAGGAUUAGCAUUGCCUCAUCCCUCCCAAGUGACCUCACUAGUCCCGCAGAUGAGCUACCUCCAACACGUAUUAAGGAAAGCCACAUUUUGGAAGGGCUGAGAAAGUUGCAGAAACGAAAAGUCUUGCUGGAACCACCUUCUGUAAUAACCAAAUGGGGUUAUAAAGAUUGUAUGAACUCAAAUGAAGGAAUCUAUUCACCAGGGAUUAAAUGCGGCAGCCAUAAGGAGCAGCCUCGUUGUGCACCAACAGAAGCAGGGAGUACAUGCAAAGAGCACACGCAGGCGUUCACUUAUGACUCUGAUUCCCAUGAUGAUGCGGAUGAUGAAACUUCCUCUUUAGCCCUGCUUCAGGAAAUCCCAAGCAAAGACCACAGGCUACACUGUAACAAGUUAACUCACAGUGUUUCUGACAGUCUAUUUGGUUGGGAGGCUAAUGGGAAAAGCUUUCAGAACCCUCCCUCUGCUGAUUUCAAAGAAAAACCUGAAAAAUUGACCAAUUUCAAUAGCAACUGCCUAUCAGAGGGAGAGUUAUGCCCAAACAUGCAGUUGCAGCAAGAGAAAGACCUGCCUGGUCUAGGCCAUACGGACCUUAAUCUUCAGCUUUCUGAUACUGAUGACUAUGAAACCCUUGAUGAACUACAUAUAGAAAGCAGUGAUGAAAAAAGUCCUUCUGACUAUAUUGGUACUCCUAGUACUCAGACCUUAGACAUUCGAUAGGCAUAAAUCUCACUUGUAUCUUCCAGUAAAGAGGAAAAACGAGUGCCCAUUCCCUCAGAUAGCAGGCCAAAGACAUUUAGUUUCAUUAAACAGCAGAGGGUCAUCAAAAAGACUUCCUCUGAAGAAUGUAUCACUGUAAUAUUUGAUGCUGAGGAUGGCGAGCCUAUUGAAUUCAGCUCACAUCAGACUGGAGUUGUCACUGUUACUAGAAAUGAAAUUUCAAUCAACCAAGCUCCAACUGGGCCCAAUGCAGAAUACACUGAACUCUUACCUCAGGGAAUCACUAAUUUGCAGCUAGGAAUGAAUGCAAGAGACUAUACCGUUUUAAAGGCACCUGAAGAUGAAAGAGAGAAAAGAACUCACAAAGAUAUCAUCAGGACUGGAAAUACAGGUGUUCUUGCAGUGCCCACAGAGUCUUUAAACCCUGGAAGAUCAAUAUUAGAAAAUACUCAGAGACAAAAGGAAGCCAAAUCGACACAGAACAUAACAUACCGAAGCAAUUCUGUGUCUUCGGUGUCUGUGGGUAUGAGCCACAAACAAAAUCUGACUAAAAUACCCAGUAGGGGAAAAUCUUUGCCUCAGAAAUCAAAGGUAACAGACCCUCAUGACACAUCUAUAGUCCCACCUCCUGGAUCCAUGGGCCUAGAAAAAUCACCAGCCUUACCUCCUGUAAAACUCUCUAGAUUCCAAAAAGCCCAGAGCCCCAUACAUCAUUUGCAUCUACAGUCUGACUCCCAUAUCCCCAAACAGCCAAAACUACUUCCACAUGGCUCAAAAAAUCCUGGCAAGAAUGACUGGGUCAAGGGCUCUAAGAGUUCUCUAUUAUUGCCAAGACCCCUCAUUGAGCCCACUGACUAUGGGGAACCUCCAACCAAGGAUAAGCAGUGUAACUUAAGACCAGAAGAAAUGGUUAAAUCACCUUCUCCCCCUCCCCCUCCAGGCAGGUCAGCUUCACUGCUGAUCAGGCCUAAUUAUGAACACUCACCACCUUUAUCCAGCAAGCCAGGAACCAGUGUCCCUAGUGAAAUGGCAAAGACCAUACAAAAGUCCUCCCCACUGAAACCAUCCCCGAGUGCUGGCAUUUCUUCUAGUCAGUCUGUGCCUGAAAUCCAGGGGAAAAAAUCAAUCAUGGCACCCAAAAAGCCUGACUUCUCUCACUCCUCACCUAAUGAAGAAAAAAUAGUCCAAAGCAGAUGUACAAGUCAAUUGUCUUCUGGUACAUUUGCUGUAAUUGGCCAAGGGCCUCCAAAAGUUUCUCCUAAGAAAGGUUCCUACAAAAGUCUCCAAUCCCCAGGCUUUGGAAAUAAUCAAGGACUUUCUGACACGGGCUUACAGGUUACCAAGAAUAUUCCCUUAGUGGGAGCACUAGAAAUGCCUUCCUCAAAAAGCUCAUCUCCAGGAAGGAGAGGACAGUACAAUGACUGUCCUUUCCCCAAUCACCGAAGUCCUCACCCCAUUAGUGGGAAUGAUUCUGUAUCAUCUCUGGUUAUUAUUCCCUCAUCAUCCCCAUCCUCUAAAAGUCAUGAUACCAUAAACAGCAUCCAAGGUGCCCGACAAAGGCUAAAGACCCGUCUCCGUGGACUCAAAGUACUCUCGUACAAUUCCCCUCAAUUGCUCAGGAAGAGUUCCACUGUGCCAGGGAAACAGGACAAGGAGAGUAUAAAUGCAGCUUCCAAAGCUGUGUGGGUAGCAAGCAAGUCUAAGCAAGAACCAUCGGAUCUAACAAGAAUUGUUACCACAAAUGGUGAAUUAAAUGUGUCAAUGGUAGAUUUAGACUUGAAAAGCAGUUUUGCUUCAGGACUUGCCUCAGAAAGCACACUUCCACAGUCACCUGAGAAGUGCCUCAUAGAGGCUGACAGGGGAGAUGUAUUAGAAAACAGAUUUAUGAAGAGGUCCACCUCUUCCAGCAAGCCACACUUAAAACCAGCUCUAGGAAUGAAUGGGGCCAAAGCUCGUAGUCAAAGUUUCAGCGUUCAUUCCGGAGAAAAGCCUUCCACUGUUGCCUCUGAAGGGCUUGGUAAAGUAAGGACUCAAAUUAUUACUAAUACAACUGACAGAGGUAAUUCUCUCACACGCCAGAACUCUGCUAUUGAUGGAUUCACAAAUAAGAUAGCUUCAGGGUCAAUCACAGAGAACCUUUCAAUAUCUAGUAAGCCACUGGAGGAUUCCUACUCUCAGCAAGGAUCUCACGGAAGCACAAACAGCUCCAGCAGCCAGCAUGGUAGUCCAAGCAAGUUGCCUUUCAGGGUUUCUUCCAAGACAGAAGAGAUUCACGGUGCAUCCAGGGUUGAAAUUCACAGGUCACCCUCUCAGGGAGACUGCCCAACCAUGAACAUGCCUGAGGAACAAGGCAAUGGCCCUUACAGAUGCCUUCCAUCCCCAUCAUCACCCAAUCAUCUGUUAGAUCAGGCGAGUUCCCUUCAAAGUCUAAGAAGGAUGCAGUGCCUAGGUUAUCUUGAAACAAGCAGUACAUGCAAGCAAGAAAUCCCUGGGAAGCCAUCAGACACUUCUGAAAUGGGAGGUUUAAGCCAAGAUGCUCCUGUCUCACCCACAAUAGAAGAAAAAGUCAUGCUCUGCAUUCAGGAAAAUAUGGAAAAGGGCCAAGUGCAAACUAAGUCUCCCACAAUGGAGGCCAAACAAAAGACAGGGCCCUCCAUUGCCAGCUGGUUUGGUUUUCGAAGGAGUAAACUCCCAGCUCUGAGUGGCAGGAAAAUGGACAUCUCCAAAACCAAAGUGGAAAAGAAAGAUGCAAAGAGUUUGGUAUUUGGAAACAAACAGCAAAAAGUGGAGAAGAAGAAAGACAAAAGGAAGUCUGAACUACAAUGUGAGACAGAAAAUGAAUUCAACAGGAAAACAGAAAUGGGAGAUGUUCCAGGCAGCAUCCUAAAAAGCAAAAGGAAUUUGAGAACUCCACAGGACAUUCAUGUCCAAAUGAAGUUUGAACAGAAGAAUAGACUCAGUCCUGCCACAUGUUCGACAAAAGAUACCUUUAUGAAAGAACUUUUAAAUAGGGUUGAUAAGAACGUAGCACAACAGACAGAAGGUGGAUCAAAUAAUGUUUCCUACAGGAGUUGGUCUAAGGGCAACUCCCAACGGCUCACUCUUCCCGCAACUCUAUCCAGCACUCAAGGAAACCACAAGAAAAACAGCAAAACCAAAGCUGAUAGAACAGCAAAUGAAACCCUGAUAAAAGAGGUUGCUGAAAGCCUUCAAGAGGAUGAAGAGGACACCAUUAUGGAGAGUGGAGGACACUCUCCAUUUCAAAACCACACCAUAGAGUCUAGCUGCCAGAUGAGAACAUUGGACAGUGGGAUAGGAACCUUCCCACUCCCAGACUCGGGAAAUCGUUCCACUGGACGGCAUGCAUGCAAACCAGACCCUUCUACAGAAUCUGAACCUUUACUGUCUCUCCAGGAAACCCUUCCUUCAGCUCCCCCCAUCAAAGCCAAAACCCUUGAACGAGAAGUGCCUUCUGCAGCAAAUAGCCAGGGCUCCUUAGAAAGCAUCAUUGUUCAUUCCACAUCUGAUCCCAUCAUGACUGCCAAAGGUAUUCGACCUUUUCAAAGUCGCCUCCCCAAACCAGCCUCCUCAGGAAUAAAUAACUUGCAAAGGCAAAAUGAAACAGAGUUGAGCCCUCAGACAUCAUUUGAAUAUACUGGGAAAACAAUGGAAAAUGAGACAAAUCUCCCUAAUUGGAACAGUGACAAAACCACCAAGACUCAACAGCAGAAAUUGAAACAAGUUGAAGAAACAAAAGAAGAUUCUGAGAAUAGAUUAUCUAAAAUUUCCCUGGAGUCUCUCAAUAAACUUAACAGCAAUAGUGUGAUUUUAUUAGAAAAAGAGAAGAACUGUCUGAAUAAAGUUGAAAGACAAAGGGAAGGAAAAGGAAGAAAUGAAGAUGCAUCUUUAAAAAGCUCCAAUAGGCCUGGUGUAGAUAAUUUGGAGUCUUUAAGUGAUUCUUUAUAUGAUAGCUUCUCUUCCUGUGCGAGUCAAGGUUCAAAUGAUGUAUAAAAGACUUUUUCCUCCAGUGGGCUGUGAAUAGAGCACUUAAGGAACUGGAAAAAAAAUAAAAUAUAAAUAUAUACUAUUGAAACAACACAGCCGAAAUUUUAAGAUUCACAGCAGGCUACUCUCUGGCUUACUUCCAUGACACAGCAAUAAAGACAGACUGCAUUUGUUGUGGUGCAUGAGGAUAAAAGAAAAAUACACAGAGGACACAAAAGUCUUAAUUUUGCACUUUUUUGAAUACUUGUACAGAAGUUGUAAAUUUUUGGGGGGGGAAAGAUUAUAUUUGUAGCAAAAAAUAAAUAAAUGACAGCAAUAAAUUGGUACCAUGCUCUUUAAAGGACAGGUUACUAACUUUCUUAAGCUGAUGUUAACAUUAACAAAAACUUUUAGUUGGAAUUUUUAAAAAGUUUAUUCUUCUAGUCUGAAAACUGUAUGUAGGGACACUGCUUAAACAAACAAACAAAAACUGAGCCUCCUAAAACUUCAGUAAGAAACAUGGUAAUUUCCAUUUUGAAAUAUUAAUUUGGUCAAAGUUUUUAUUUUUGUGCAAUUUCAAAGUUGUUACUGGAGUUAUUUAAGCUCUAAGUUGUUAUAAUUAUCCAUAUUUUUACUCCAACUUGAAGAGGGUUCUGAAGGGAGUCCCUGAUUGAAAAGGAUAUAUGUCUGAAGUGACCUAGUACUAUUUCUAAUAGUUUAUUACCUCUAAGGUCUCCUUGCAACCUCUCAAACAUAGUCUUUUUUUCUAUGUUUCUGAAUAUGUUUUUAUUUUUUACCUAAAGUUCCCAUUUGAUCUCAAUCCAAUCCAAUUCAAGCUUCCAGAAAUGAAACCAUUCAUUUUCAAUUUAUACUUUUUUAAUCAAAAACACACAAAAAAAGGUUGGUGCUAAAAAAAUAAACUUUUUCAUAUCCAUUUUUUCUACAAAGUGUUUAUAUGUAAGGAUAAAAUCUAUUUCAAAGGUUAUGUGUAUUUUUUUCUAGAUGUGGACUAUUUAUAACUGAUUUUGUACAUGAACCUGUAAACUAGGUAUAAUGGAAAUAUUUCUAGGCUCUAUGUGGUUACUGUAGCACAUGCUCAUUUUAAAAAUAUAUAUUGUAUGUUCAGUGUUAUUUGGUUAAUUUGUGCAAUUUAUUCUAUGUGGAUUUUAUCCCGGGUGAUAAUUGUGUGAUUUUUCUUGUCCUUCUGACUUA